UCCAUCAUGAGACCUUUGAAGCUGUCUUAGAUCCUUGCAUUGUUGAGAAGAGCUAAGUCUAUCAAAGUUAUUGACUGAGAUUUCUUGAUUGUGAUAGUUAAUGAUGUUAUAUUUUUGCCCACAGCAUCCCUUAGGAAUGUGUGCGGGUAUCCAGCCUGGCUCUGAAGGGAACUGGAUCCCUACUGGGGAUACAGAUAUCAGGUCUACUGUGAUGGUCCCAGAUGGAAAGCUGUUAUCCCUGAAUAAGAUGACUAUCUCUCUGAACUCCCAAAUUCUAGAUGUACAUAAACAAGACAAGUUGCUAAGAAUAAGUUUCCCCAGGGAACAGGUUAACAUUCUAGAAAGAGAAAGGUUUAAUCCAGAGGCUUCUCGCCAGAGCUUCAGAUGUUUUUCAUACCCAGAGAAAGCCGGACCACGUGAGGCUGUGAACCAGCUCUGGGAACUCUGCCUUCAGUGGUUAAGGCCAGAGAUUCACACAAAGGAGCAGAUCCUGGAGCUGCUGGUGCUGGAGCAAUUCCUGACCAUCUUGCCCAGUGAGAUCAGGAUUUGGGUGAAGUCACAGCAUCCAGAAAAUAUUGAGGAAGUGGUCUGCUUGGUGGAGGAUUUGACCCAAAUUCUUAAGGAGGAAGCUUUGCAUUCUCAGGAUUCUGUAAUUCUCCAAGAUAGGAACACAGAGAAAGAAGAAAAGUCUGCUCUGUUUCCAUCAGCCCAAUUUCAGGAAUUGGUGACAUUCAAGGACGUGGUUCCAGACUUCACUUGGGAAGAACUGGUGCAACUGGACCCUGUCGAGCAGGACCUAUACAGAGAUGUAUUGCUGGAGAACUAUAGGAACUUGGUUUUUCUUGGGCUUUCAGCUUCCAAACCAGAUGUGAUCUCCCAGUUGGAACAUGGGAAAGUGCCAUGGAUGCUAGAAAGUGAAGCCCCAAGAGAUUCUGACAGCAGUUCUGAAGCCAGGGCAUCAGUUGAAAAGUGGGAAACAUCUGUGAAAGGAUCACCUCAGGGAGCAAUAAUGGAAAGAUCCAGAAAACAUCGUUCCUGGAACUUCAAACUGAGAGAAGCCUUUCACUGUUAUGGGAGAUUAGUGAGGCAGCAAGGCCACCAUGAGCAUUUGAAGCAAGAAACUGUCAUACAUGAAGAAGUUUCCAGUAAUGAGAAAGGCUUUGAGAAUAACGAGUUUGGGAGAAGUUUCAGCCUGAGACCAAUCCUAGAUACAGACCAGGCUCCUAUAGUAAAAAACGUCUGUAAAUAUGAUACCUGUGGAAAGAACUUCAGAGAUGAUUUAGGGCUAAUUAAGUGUCAAAGAACCUUCACAGGAAAGAAACCUUUUCUAUAUAAUGAAUUUGGGAAAGCCUUUAGCCACAUUUCACAACUUAAUCUUCAUUAUGAUCAUCAUUCUGGAGAGAAACCCUGUACAUGUAAUGAAUGUAGGAAAACUUUUACCAAGUGGGUAAACAUUGCUGAACAUCAGAGAAUUCAUUCUGAAGAGAGUACAGAUCAUUAUAAAUGUAAUGAAUGUAGUAAAGUGUUUACUGAGAGGUCAAACCUUAUACAACAUCAGCAAACUCAUUUUGGAGAGAAACCCUUUAAAUGUAAUGAAUGUGGGAAAGCUUUCAAGCGAAUUUCACAACUUAAUGUUCAUUAUGCUCGUCAUUCUGGUGAGAGGCCCUUUACAUGUAAUGAAUGUGGGAAAGCCUUCAUCAAGUGGGCAAAUCUUACUGACCAUCAGAGAAUUCAUUCUGGAGAGAAACCUUAUAAAUGUAAUGAGUGUGGGAAAGCCUUUACCAAGCGGUCAAACCUUACUCAGCAUCAGCAUGCUCACAUUGGAUUGAAACCAUUUAAGUGUAAUGAAUGUGGAAAAGACUAUAGCUACCUUUCACAACUUAAUCUUCAUCAAAGAAUUCAUUCUGGAGAGAAGCCCUAUAAAUGUAAUGAAUGUGAAAAAGCCUUUACUAAGCGGGCAAACUUAAAUCAACACCAGAAAAUUCACUCUGGAGAGAAACCAUACAAAUGUAAUGAGUGUCACAAAGCCUUUGCCAAGCAGGCAAACCUGACUCGACAUUAUAGAAUUCAUUCUGGAGAGAAACCCUAUAAAUGUAAUGACUGUGGCAAAGCAUUUACCCAGAGGGCACAUGUUACUCAACAUCAGAGAAUUCAUAUUGGAAAGAAACAUUAUUGAAAGUAUUGGUGGUCAGAAAAGUUUGUCUGAGAGCACAUCUUAAUCAGCAUAAAAGAAAGUGUAAUGAAGAGAAACCUUGUAAAUACAGUGACUCAUUUUUAUUCAAAUUUCUUUGUCCUUUUUGGAACCAUAGACUAUCAGACUCUACAAUUCGCACUCUGUUUGUAGUUCUGUUGUCUAGGGUCAAGUAAAACAAACUUCGAUAACAGAGCUACAGAACCAAAGAGCUGGCCACUACUUUAAAGGCUAUCCAGUCUUCUAUGCAACCAGGAAUCCCUUCUAUAGUAUCCCUUACAAGUGGGUUUUUCGUCUUCUUCAUGAAGACCUCUGAUGAGAGUGAACCCACUGUCUCCCAAGAUAGCCCAUUCCACUUUUUGUUAACUCUCCUUUUUAAGAAUUUUUUAUAUCUACUAAGUUUAAACUUGGCUCUCUGCAGUAUCCACCCAUUUUUCUCAGUUCUGCCAAAUGGGGCCAAGCAGAACAACUCGAAUCUGUCAUCUAUAUGAUAACCUGUCAAUAUUAGAAAGGCAGUUAUAUUCCUUCUGUAUCUUAAUUCCCCCUGACUAUAUGUGCCUAGUUCCUUUAACCAGUCCGUCUCUGGAUAUUUUCCAGUCUUCUUACCGUCCUACUCACUCUAUACUAGAAUGUUUCCUUAUAUCUUUUUCUAAAAUGUCAUCUAAAUAUGACUUGACCAAGAUAGAAUAUAAUGAAACUAUUACUUUAUUUCUCCUGAAUACUUUGCGUCUCUUAUUGCAGUCUAUAAGUCCUAUGACUAGCAAGAGCUGCCACAUUUUUUUGAUCUAGUAGAAUCAGUGUAGAAUCUGUAGAAAGCCUGUAAAGUAGAACAUACAAUGAGCAGGAAGACAAGGUGUCCAUGUCAUGGCCUUCAUCUGUCAAUGAAGAGUUUUGUCUACUUCUUGGAGUUGUCUGCUUCAGGGCAAGCUUCCUUCUGAGUGAUUUGCAAUUUAAAUGAUCUAGUGGGUGAGCUCUGGAGAGAUGGCUUGGUUGCGCUGGAAAGUGGGGACCUAGUUAUCAAUACCUAUAAGUUUGACUGUAGUAGAAGCAGUUAACAGUAUCUGAUGAAGCCCUUUCCAUCUAGGCUUCUUUGUUCAAAUGUUUGUUCUAACAAUCCCAAUGGCCUGGUUUCAAACAGGAGAAUGAGCCCCUGGGUGGGCCCUGAGGACAGGCAAAUGAGAAUUGAGCAAAAUCUGGAAAGCUUCCAACAAAAUAAUUAUUGUAGAAUGCGCUGGAGCAGAGUAUGUAGACACUGAUUAGAGCCAAGGCUAGAGCCUCCUUGGCCUGCUUGUAACUAUUUCCUAGGGAGGCAAACAGUUUAAUUCUUAAGAGGUAGAUUAGAAUAUAAUGAGGACAGUUUGGAGCACAUCCUACAGUGAAAAAAGUUGUUCCAUAAUUUGACCAGUUAAAGUUUCAGUACAUUAAUUUACUUUCCACUUCUCUUGAGUUUUGGGGAUUGGGAGAAUAGGGAAGGUUUGAAGAGUGGGAAACUUUGAAGAGCUGUUAAACUGUGCUCCCUUAGUCACUGGAUACUUGAUAACAGAAUUUUUCAUAUAGGAUAUAUGUUAUUCAAAAGAAUCUUAGGUACUGUUAUGGCAAUAGCCUUUUGGAGAGAAAAAACCUCCAAUCAGAAAUCAUGUGAAUAAUCAAAGCAUACUCAGACUCUUUAGACUUUAGAAAUUGUAAGAAUUCUACUUGUAGAUGGACUACAGAGAUGUACUUCUGUCCUUGUCAUGUCCUUACAGGUUUUUCAGAGUUGUAUAAAUUACAGACAGAACAAGAGAAAAGUGGCCUCUUCACUGGGCAGGUACAGAGUGCAAUGGAUUGAACACUGGGCCUGGAAUCAGAAAGACCUGAUUUCAAAUCCAGCCUCAGACACUUACUAGCUGUGUGACCUAGGU